AUGAAGUUGAACUUGGCCACCGGCCUGGUGUGUUUACUCGCUACCACCGAGGCUGUAGCAGCUUCGAGCUGGUGGAGCAAAGCUGUCUACAACAAAUGGCACGAAACUGAGCUGGAGCGAUGGCUCUCCGACCACGACAUUCCUCACCCUGCCCCUGCCGACCGUAAGGAUCUUGAGAACCUGGUCAAGACCAACUGGGAUAGCAAGGUUCAGAAGCCUCUGGGCCAGGCUGCGGACUCUGUCUCCGAUGAACUCCACCAGGCGAGGGAAUGGGUCUUUGACACCUGGUCGGACUCACAGCUGAAGGCAUUCCUCGAUCGCCAUGGCAUUCCCGCUCCUCAGCCCCGCAAGCGCGACGUCCUGAUCAAAACCGCCCGCGAGAACUACGAAUCUGUUGCGAACAAGGUUGGCGAGACCGCAGCCUAUCCCGGUAACUGGCUGUACGAACAAUGGACCGAGUCCGAUCUCAAGGAAUGGCUCGAUGAGCGUGGAUGGCCUGUUCCUCAGCCCUCCAGCCGUGACCGACUCGUCGCCUCUGUUCGCCGCAACUCUCGUCUGGCCAGCUUGCAGGCCCGCAGUCUGUCUGCGUCUGCAAUCUCCUCCGCCGAAGCUGCUCAGGCUUCUUUGGGUGAUGAGUUGUUCAAUGCCUGGUCUGAUUCCAAGUUGAAGGAGUUCCUUGAUGAGCAUAACGUCAAGGUGCCCCAGGGCUCGAAGCGCAAUGAACUUAUUGCUCUUGCCCGCAAGAAUCGUGCCUAUCUCGUCGACAAGGCUGCCAGCGUGUCGUCCGCCGCUACGGAUGCCUUUGGCGCCGCCACCACCAAGGCCGGCAACCAAUAUGCCAAGGCUACGGAUGACGUCAAGCUGAAGGUGGAGGAUCAGUUCAACAACGCGAUCGGCACGUGGUCGGACUCUCGCCUCAAGGCCUUCCUCGAUGCCCGUGGCGUCCCUGUUCCCCAGAACGGCAAGCGCGAUGAGCUGCUGGCCAAGGUCCGCGCCAACGCGCACAGGGCUUCUGGUGGGUGGAAUGAGUACAACUUUGAUACCUGGGACAAAGAGCACCUGGUGAAAUAUCUGUCCGCUAUGAAUUCCAAGGCCGCAAAGAAGGCAGAUGCCUCGCGUGAAGAGCUGGCCAAGCAAGCCAAGGAUGCAUAUAUCAAGGCUUCCAAGGCUGGUGGUAAAGAGUACGCGUCGGCUACAUCCAACAUCGCCGUGGCGACCGGUUCUGCCAAGGACACCACCUUCGACAACUGGACACACUCCGAGAUUAAGAAGUACCUUGAUUCCUACGGUAUCCCCGUGUACCAGGGCUCGAGCAUCAAUGAGCUUCGUGCCGCUGCCCGGCGUCAUGCUACCUACUUCAAGUACGGUACCAACACCCCACAGGACACCAUCUACGCCAAGAUCAUGGAGACCGUCAACUGGCUCAUUGAUCAAGUGAAGGUUGGAGCUUCCAGUGGCCGGGCACAGGGCCAGGAAGCCGCGGAGAAUGUUCGCGAGAAGGUCUCCGAGCAGACCGAGAAGAUUCGCUCGGAGUUGUAA